AUGCCAAAUUACAAUUCCAUUUGCACGCGUCAUUGGAGUCAUGCAAGGCAUGCCAGUCGCAGCAGUGACGAAAGACCGUCUGAGCUGCAGCUGACAGACUUCACUCUCCAGUUCUUCGUGGCACGCAUACGUCGUAGAUGUCUCCAAAUGGCCCAAAGAGGUGCUUGUCUUCCAGGCUUGGCUUGCUUGGUGUGGUCGUUGCAAGGUUUCGACUUGAGCAAGCCAGCACUUGGACUCCAAAGUGAAUGGCAUCUCAGAGUGGGAUGGAUGGGAUUGGCCUUGGUCGGUUUGUCCUGUUCGAGCUUGGGCAGUCCACUACUUCGAGACGCCCACAUGGGAAAGUGCAUGUGGCUACUCAAGGACAUGUUUAAGAACCAGGAAAACCUAGAGGAAGAGAGCUCCAGCAAAUCUCUACUCGAGGAACAGACUCACUCUCGCAAGAGACAAGACCUUUGGUCUCACUUAUUUGUCAAGACGGGGCCAAAAUGCUGUGAUGAAGAUCUGGAGAAGCUGAAGCCGAGUUUCAAAGAAGCAAUUUUGUGUGGCAUUGAAAUCGUUCUGGCAUGCAUGAAUAUAUUCUUCUACAUGUACAACAUUGUUGUUUUACCUGAGUGGGAAACCGAACACCAUUUGCUGGUCAGCAAACAUGUUGUUGCGUGGAUCGAAGUGGUGUUUGUUUGUGCUGCCUUGCUGGUUAUGUCGUUUCACUUUAUCAAAUGGCUUUGCUCUGGUUCGGGCUCUUUGAUCGUCUUCACGACGGCGAUGAAAGCCAUUGGCAAUUUCUCCUGUUUGAAAUUGCUGCCGCUGGUUGAGCCAGGCAAAGUGCUGGACAUUUUGACCAGAGAGUGGAAGUACAAUGCCAGUGCGUUAGAACUCAAGAAAGCAGCUGUCCUAUGGGUCUUCUUGUGGAGCCUGGGGCUGGCUGUGCUGGCCGCUCUUGGGCUAUCGGCAUUGCAAGUGAAACUGAGCCAAGUGGACUUCGUGGCGCAGCGUUCACCUGACAACUGGACAUGGGAGGAGUUACUGCGUUUUCUUUGCUUCGCAAACAACCUCAUGUCCAUGAAUGACCUGGACAUGACCAGGAUGGACUUCCUCGCAGGAAUUGUUCAAGAUGGAACCCGUUUCUGGGCCUGGAAGGAAAUAGUGAUCGAGAGGAUGGCCCACCGCUUGACCCCACCACAGUUCUUUGCAUUCUGCGCCACUUUGUCACCUGAGAAGCUGGCUGCACAAAUCAUUGGCGUCCAAGGGCUGGAGCCAGGCAGCAGAGUGUGUUUGGCAGUUCCUAGUGUUCUGCCUGAAGGCAGCGAGGGAACCAUUUGCCAGUUGAAGCCUUUGAUGGUGUAG